AUGACGGUCAGCAUCUCGGUUGGCCCCGCUGAUCCGCACGACUCGGAUUUCUCUCAGUCGGAGGACGAGGACUCCUCGGGUGUACAAGUCUCCCUCCCCUCCGACGGGAGUCAUGAAUAUACAGAUUAUGAUGAGUGGGCGCAUCUGCCAUAUCCGGAUGAAUUGAAACCAUCUGAUUCAGCCUCUCGACCAAGGACCUCGAACCGUAACCGUAACCGUUCCCUCCACGGUUCGCGCUCGGCUUCGGGCCGUCGUCAACCAUCGCGCCACCAAAUGAUUCCUGAUCGCGAUCGCGAUCGCGACUAUGGCUCUCGGGCCCGUCGCCAGCACUCGCCAGAGUCGCCCGGUAGUGCGGAUUCCGAAGAGUUUGCCGCCCACUACUCUCGCAACCCUCAUGAGCGGCGAUGGGCUGCACCACCGCCCCAGGGUUACCCACAAAGUGUUUCCUCCGGCCCUUCAUUCAACAACCAUCAAUACCCCCCGGGCCAUGGUCAAUUCCCCCACCAAAACCCUCCUCAGCCCUUGUCUGAUCAACUAAUUCGACUUGGCCAUGGGAACCCAAACGGCCAGCCCUACGGCUCUGCGGCCUACCCUUAUGGGCCGCCGCAUGGUGCUACCCCCAUGCACCCUUACUUUCCGGACCCAGCACAUGGAAGGCAUCCCCAACAGCCGCAUCAACCCCGCAUGGACCCUCACACCCAUCAACAAUUACCAGCUCAUAUGGGAGCCCAUGGCAUCCCCUCCCCCUUCGCCGGGGCCCCCCCAUUUCACCACGACCUCAUGCCCUAUCACCCGUCUAAUGGCUACUACAAUAACUUCCGGGACCCUUAUGCCAUGUACCCGGGUAUGAUGCCUCCGUCCUACUUCCCGUACCAACAGGUGCCGUCUCCGAUCCAGCCGGAACCUAAACCAUCUCCUGCUGCUACCCCAGCCCCCGCUGCUCCUGCUCCUGCUCCUGCUCCUGCUCCCGUGGAUGAGGCAGCGAAAGAAGCGGCAGCCCAGGAGGCAGCUAAGGAUGCAGCCAAGGACGAGGCUAUUGCGCGACUAGAGAAGUUGAUUCUGGAUGAUCGCACCGAACGUGAACAAAGGGAAGCGGAUCGUAAAAAAAAAAUCGCGGACGAGGAGGCAGAAAGAGUUGCACUCGAAAAGCAGCUCGCUCAUGACCGGGCCAUCGCAGAAGUGGCGGCAGCAGGAGCGGCAGCACUAGCACGCGCGGACGCCGAGCAGCGAGCAGCCACCGAGGCGGCCAAAGCGAAGGAAGAGGCAGAGAAAGCCGCUGCGGAGGCUGCGGUGAAAGCCAAGGAGGACUCGGCGCAAGCGGCGCAAGAAGCAGCUACCAAGGCAUUGGAAGCCGUGGAAGCAGCGAAAGCGGCAGAGCAAGCGGCAGCCGCCAAGGCGAAAGAAGAAGAAGAAAACAAAAACAAAGUACCCCCACCAGAGAAGAAGAAACCUAUCAAGUUCAAGGAUGCCGUGGGGAGGAAAUUUAGCUUCCCCUUUGAGCUGUGCAGCACCUGGCGGGGAAUGGAAGACCUGAUUAAACAGGCAUUUCUUCACAUUGAGGUUAUAGGGCCUCAUGUAGCCGAGGGGCACUACGAUCUAGUAGGACCCAAUGGUGAUAUCAUUCUCCCCCAGGUCUGGGAGACAGUGGUUGAGCCAGAUUGGACGAUUACUAUGCACAUGUGGCCAAUUCCCGAAAAGCCCAAGGAACCUGAUCCUCCGGCUGCCGAUCCACCGCCGGCUGAACCACCCAAGGCCGGGGAAAAGAAGAAAGAAGGAACCAAGAAGGCGCCGCGCAGGCCCGGUGACCCCCCUGCAUUUGCAACAUGGAUGAUGGGUCGGCGUCCUCCUCAGAGAGGCAAAAAGGCCCCCAAGGUAGAGAAGAAAGAUGAACCGGCAGCCUAG